UUCAAGGACUAUGAUUGCAUUAUUGGAGCAGUUAAUGAAGGACAAAAUCACUGGACAUUAUUGGUUAUUUUUCCACAAGAAAAAAUGAUAUGUUACUAUAAUCCAAUGGGUGAAAUGUUCCUGUCUAUGCAUGAAUUGAUGGAGAACUGGUAUUACUUUAUGAAGAAAAGGUCAGAUUUUAUGCUUGAUGGGGAAGGAUCAUGGAGAGUACAAGUCCUAGAGCACUCAAAGCAAAUGGAUGGCACAUCAUGUGGUGUUUAUGUAUUGAAGAUGGCAGACACAGUCCUUUCAAAUGGUGAUGUAGGAUUUCAAAUGACACCAGAAGAACUACUAAUGUACCGCCUACAUAUUGGUGCUGUGAUAAUGAGAAAUCUAGGUCUGACAAGACUGCACCAGGCACUACAAUCAAGAAGAACUGUCAGACUGAACAAUUCAUGUGUGAAUGAUUCAACAAACAUUUCCUCUAUUGUCAAACCAGCAUUAGUCAGUAAAGAAGAAAAUGUCAGUCCUUCAGUUACUGGUGAUAGGUAUAAUGAAACAGUAAUUGAUGAUGGAGCUAACGAAGAAACUGAAUUGUUUUUAUGUAGAGCUAAUGGCAAACCUAAAAGACCUUGUUUGUUUUGUGGAAAAUUUCAAACUCAUCUGACCAGACAUCUAAAAACAAAACAUAAAGGAGAAGAGGAUGUUAUCAUGGCAAUGCAACUCCCACCAAGGGAUAGGAACCAGGCAUUUGAUGUGUUAAAGAGAAAAGGCUACCAUAAUUAUAAUUUAUUAAAAAUGAAAGAGGAUGAUUUUAACGAAAAAAAAUUGAUUAAAGAACGAAAAGCAAGAAAAGACAGAGAUGGUGAGAUAGAGAAAAGAGCAAUGUGCUCUUCUUGCAAUGGUUUUUUUGUAAAAGAACAUAUGAAGAAUCACAAAAUAAAAUGUUUUGCAGCAGAAGGAUGCACUAGGGUUCCUGUUGCUAUACCCAUAGAAACUGUUAAGGAUGUCAAAUACUCAGAAGAAUAUAAGGAAGAUAUUUUGAGUUCCUUUUGGGAUGACCAGAGUGGAAGAUUCUGUAGAAGUGAUCCAUAUAUAAAAGAUUUUGGAUUUCAUUAUUAUAGGAAGAUGGUAUCCAGAAAAGACAAAUCCCAGCAAAAUAGGAAAAGUAUUACGAAGCAGAUGAGAACAAUUGCCAAUUUAUAUUUCUAUGUUAAAGAGGAGGCUGAAAAAUCAGAUAUAACUGUAACAUCUGCAUUAGAUAUUUUUAAAAUGGAGAACUUUCCUGUUUUUAUGGAUGGAAUUAAUUCAAUGGCAGCAAAAGAUGACGGAGGGAUGAAGUCAGGACUGAAAAAGAAUGUUGGUCAUCUUAUACAAAAUGUCCUUACCCACUUAAAAGGAAAAUAUAUUUUAGAAAACAAGAAAGAUGAAAUGAGUAAAGUUGACGAUUUCAAUACAUUAUUAGACUACUAUAAAGGAGAAAUAUUUAGUGAUGCUGAGUAUAAUUGCAAAAAAAAUAGGCAAGAAAACUUGAGACGACCUAGACAGCUACCAGUAGAGGAUGACAUUAAUAAGCUUAGGCAGUUUAUCUUAACACAAAUAAAAGAGUUGGAUGACCCUUAUAAAUUUUUAGAACCAAAUGAAUAUACCUUUCUCAGAGAUCUUAUAGUUAGUAGACUAACAUUAUUCCAUGCAAAAAGAGGAGGGGAACCAAGCAGACUCACUUUAAAAGAAUGGAUGGAUGCAAAGGAUGAUGCAUGGGUAGAUGAAAGCCAAAUGAAAAAGGUGAAAAACCCAGAGGAAUUGGAACUUUUUCAGAAAUAUAAAUUGACAUAUCAAUCUGGUAAAUGUGUUAGUCACCUUCUCCCAAUUCUCAUCCCUGAAGACACAUGGAAGGCCAUGACAAAACUAACAGAUCAGCAAAUUAGACAAGCAGCAGGUGUCAAACAAACUAAUAUAUACGUAUUUCCUUAUAUUAAAGAUUCAAACUUUCAUGUAUGCGGCUGGAAAAGUGUAAACAAAAUUUGUAAGAAGGCAGAAUUAUCAAAAAGGAUUAAUGCUACUCAGAUGAGGCAUUACAUGUCAACAUUAUUUGCCAAUUUGGAGGUAACAGAUGCUACAAGAGAAGCCUUCUACAGACAUAUGGGACAUUCUGAAGAAGUUAACAAACACGUUUAUCAAUGUCCAUUGGCAAUACAAGAAAUAACUAAAGUGGGGAAGUUCUUUCACCAAUUUGAUUUAGAUUCAGGUAAUAUAACAGCAGAAGAGGAACCCAACAGUCAAGAGGAUGUCGCAGGACCAUCAUCACUGAAUGACAACAAGUGUGCAAAAAGUGAAGUAGAUGAAGGUAGCAGUGAAUUGACAAAAAGUACUGAAAAGAAAGGACAAAAGAAAUUUUGUGUUUUUAAAUUAUUUUAA